AUCAUAUAUUCCAUCAAGUGUAUUGAGGUGAGACGGGUUAACGGAUCAACAUAAAAACAUUUCACCUAAAUGGAGUGACUAGCCUUGUAAUAAAGAGCAACAAUAUCACCUUUUAAGUUGGAGUAUUUAUGAUUUACAUACACUGGUGAAAGUUCGAUCAUGGAACUCGGUUAAUGAUACACUAAAGAGAUUCCGUUUUCCGUGGCCCUACUGCAAAAUGAUAGACGAAUGCUCAAUACAAUGAGUUCGACAGGUUAGCAUGAUUACUUCCUUACAAAAUAAAUCAUUCAUUAAUAUUUUAAGAUUAAUUUAAGGGUGAAAAAUUCAUAUUCGCGUAUGUUUAUGAAACUUUAGACUCGUCGAAACAAAGCCAAAGGCUCGGGUUACUUGGGGUCUUCCCUGAGAAUGCGAUAAUGAAAGAUAUAUGUGAAGUAGUGAACACGCUAGAUUAUAGAUUCGAUUCCUUGCGCAUCCUCUUCAGGCCUUUGUUAUGACUAUAUACUUUGGCGUCAAACACAUGUUCUAUGAUAAAUUAUGGAUUGAUAGUCAGGAUAUCACAGCCAAAAACGUGUUUGAGAUGCGAAAAUAAGUGUUGCAAUUAGUUAAAAAGAGUCAAUGAUAAAAAUAAAUUUGCUACACAUUUAUGCAGUAACAAUAUAUGAAUGAGUCAGCCAGCCAGUCAGCCAUUCCGGCCUAUGUAAGCGCGGAAUAUAUAUAUUUAGUAUUCGACGUUGGAGACUUUGAAGUUUGAAAGUUUUGCUUUUUGAAAUCUACUAGACCAGGUGUAAAUGCCAGUCAUAAUGAUAGCACAAAGGAAAAUAGAUUUUAUAUACAUUAUCAUAUAUUACUAUAUAAGUGCGUUUAAAUUUAAAUACUUAAUGAAUGAAUGGAAUAAACCGCUUCGCUCUUGGCUAAUGUCCGGACUGGACAUUCCAUAGAACUGAACCCUCCAAAUAACUUAGAUUGGACGUCACAUCAUACUCAGUAAAAAAUGCAAGUAACUGAAAAGUGCAAGUAAAUGCAAUCUCUAUAGUUACCGUAACGGCCACAUCCCCCGCAGAAUAUCAAUGUUAACCUGCAAACGGGCGUGUUCUGCAUUACAACAUUAAGGAGGUCAGCCUGUGGAGGAGGUAGGUAUACCAGACAGAUCAUAUAAAGUCCGAGAACUACUUUGAAAUAAAAAGUACUUUAAAAUAAGUCGAAAGUCAAACUCGUUUUGUCUGUGCACGGAUCGCAGACGUUAGAGCGACAGGACCACUCUUACUGACAUGACAUUAGACGGAAAACACACUUGACCCACAGGAAAUGCGAUCGAAUAUUCAAGUUUUUCCCAGAUAUUUAUAUGUUAUGAUUUUAUUUCCUCCACGUUGGUCAAAUUUAGCGAAUUUUCUCUCACUCGUGCGGGCUCGCAACAUUGCCAGCUCUGUGUAAAAUGCAAAGCUUUCACUGAUUUUCACCGCAAGUCCGCGGUGUAAUACGAGCAUGUUGUACUGAGAAAAAUUCGCUGAAUAUGACCUCCUACAAGUGUCAAAAUUUCUAGCUAAUUAUUUAGCUCUGGUGACAGCCUUACUUGGCCUGGCUUUCGGAAUAAUCAUCAUUGUCGUCUCAUUGGUUGCAAGACGAGCAUGGAAGCGGAAGAAAGUACCCACGGAACGUCCAUACCGAAAACAUUCCACCCCUACUCCAACUACAGAACGACGUUCAAAGGGAAGCAAGAUAUUCCGAAGUAAAUCCCUUAUACGAAAUGAGAUCCCGGAGUUCGUUAUCCCAGGUAUCAUGUAAGCUAAGAACCACCAUCAUCACUAAUACCAUCAUUAUCACCACCACCAUAAUAACAACUACUAUCAUUAUCACAAUUACCAUCAUUAUCACCAUCAUCACUACCAUCAUCAUCACAUUUAUCGUCACCACCACCAUCGUAACUACCACCAUCAUCAUCGUCAUCACCAUCAUCAUCACUACCAUCAUCAUCACAACCAUCAUCACCAACAUCACCAACAUCACUACCAUCAUCAUCACUACCAUCAUCAUCACAACCAUCAUCACCAACAUCACCAACAUCACUACCAUCAUCAUCACUACCAUCAUCAUCACUACCAUCAUCAUCACUACCAUCAUCAUCACUACCAUCAUCAUCACCAUCAUCAUCACCAACAUCAUUACCAUCAUCAACACCAUCAUCAUCACCAUCAUCACCACUAUCAUUGUCAUCAUCACUACCAUCAUCAUCACCAUCAUAACAACAACCAUCAUUACCAUCAUCAUCAUCACCAACAACUCUGCCUGGCAUUUUAUCUAACAACUCUGUCUGUCCAGGAACACAACUCCGUUUGGUACAGCCUAUUAUAACGCCACCGACACCAACACUGAAACCUACAGACAUUCCCCCCUCCAGCCCUUCAGAAUCCACACUCAGUUCACGACAGGAUGACGACCUACUCCCAAGAGACCACCACCCAAGAGGAUACACUGUCUCCUUGCCAAUCAAUCGUAAAAUCUCGCUUCAACCGUUAGUAGGUAGGUUCAACUUUGUGUCCUCAGAGAGAUCUUGAAUGGUUUGUGCCAGUGUAGGUAGGGCCAAUAAUAACAAAACUUAGGUUAGGGAUGCCUGAAAAACACGAGGAGAGAAAUUGGCUACUAACUUCCCUACGGGCCUUCGCUCGAAAUGUCGAAUUUCUCCUUGUCUAGGUGGUUGCAUCCCUAUGAACGUAAGUUUUGCUAUCAGAGAGAUGUCUGCAUUACAGAAGUAUCCGUAAUUAGCCUUUUCCCAAAAGAGAUCACAGUGCAUUCUGGCAUCGUUUGGAGGGCCAAAAUAUAUGGUGACAGGCGUCAAAUAUGUGAAAGAGUAGAAGUAUAUACUAUCAAAUAUCAACUUUUUAGACGACCAAAAAUGAAAUGUCUUCUUUUUACAUUAAACUUUUAAUUUAAAUGUGUGCUGCCAUAUUUCUUGUCCCUCCAACAUGGGAUUCGCGCGACUAAACCCAGGACUUUGGGAAAUGGCUAAUAGAGAACUGUUUAUUCCAUUACAUACAUACAUCAAGAUAGGAAUCGUAUAACGGAUCUUAAGGAGAGUUUCGGAUGUAUUCGGUUUUUAGAAAUGAUGUAACUGUAUGUCUAACGUGUUUUACUAGAUCGAGAUACGCCGACAUAUGGUUCGGAGUUGAAGCGUAGAGCAUCAAGUAUUGGCAUAGUGACCCCUAGGAGCGCUACCCCACCUGAGCGAUACACAACCCCACUAGCCUCGACCCCAUCGAAGAAACCGUUAUCUCGUAACCCUAGUUCAAGCUCAAUAGAACUUCUAGCAAUUAAUGUACCACCGUCUACACGAUCUGCAGUCUCAAGUCUUGAAGGAUCACGUGACUCUAGUCGCCAGUCCCCUGAAGAUAGUCCGCGUUUGAUGCGUCUGUUCCGGCAAUCAAAACACCAAAUCAAGCUAACUGGCGCAACCUUGGAAUUCUCGCUGCAGUAUCAGAUCAGCCAACGUGCGCUCGUCUUAAAUGUCAUGCGAGUUCGAAACGUGCAGAUUCCAAUAGAACGCAAGCAAGAUGCAAAAUUAUGUCUUAGCAUUCAACUUAAGCCUGAUAAGUUCAUUUGGGAAGCACAAACUAAGAUAAUCCAGGGAACAGAGAAUCCGAUUUUUGGAGAAAUGUUCACAAUCAGUGGUUUUUCUUUAUCAAAAUUGCAUGACUGCGCGCUACUGUUUCGAUUGAAUGACUUUAAUGUUGAUCAGACGAUUGGAGAGGUGACAUAUUCUUUGAGAGAACUACAGCCUGACGUUUUGACAAGUCGCUCGUGCCAGUUACAACAACCUAUUGGAGUAGUGAAGGUGAGAUUUGUUGCAAUGGAAGUUAUUUAUUUAUUGUUGAUUGAGUGUUGUGGGCAAUUUACCCUAGCCAUCGCUCAAGUGUUCAACAACGAAAGCAUAUACAGGUUUGUUUUUGGUGAGAGAAAAACUAGAGUAUCCAGUGAAGCUCAGUAGAGUACCAGUCAGAACUCUUUCAAACCGCAUGAAGACAUUACAGGACAAUCACCCAACCCAAGUAAAUAGAAGCUCAUCAUACACGUGUCCAACAAUUAAGGCCCAAAGGUUUUUUUUGUGUGAUAGAGAGAGGAGUGCCCGAAUAAGUUAACUCUAACUUACACAUACGUUAACACAUUAAGUCAGUACAGGACAGUCAUCCAACUUAAGUAAAUACUUUGCUUUCGACCUACAGUCGCAGGUUUAACUCGGAGAAAAGAAGCACCGCGCUAACCACACCCAGCUUAAGUGUUAAACACUAAGUCAGUUCCCUCAAAACGUUCUUACAAAUCCUUCAAAACUUAGAAUUUACCCAUGCAAAAUUUCUACUGUGAUCACAGAAACUUUGAUAGUGUAAACCAACCUUUAGCAACAAGAAUAAGCAACAUUUUCACACAUAAUUUCAGGAGAAUCUUAAUUUCUGAUUAUUUCAACGUAUGUCUCAAAGUCGUAACGACAGUUUUAAACAAAUAAAAUUAAAUCAUUACUUAACGGUCGCGCGCGGGCGUUAUUAAGUUAUACCGAUAAAUCAUUUCGUUAGGUUAUGUAUGACAAGCUCAAACAUCCCGCCCCCAUAUUUACAACAGAAGGAAAGUCCUAGAGUGUAAUAACCGUUCUGUCUCACAGAGCUUCGUAAAUAACGCAUGCUGAAAGUCAGCAUGUAAUGCGUGGUUACACAGCUGGACGCCCGUCAUUAUAUCGUUCAGUGAGCUGAACGACCGUUAGAAAUUUGAAUUUUGUUUUUAAAUGUUCACUCCGAAUCAGUAAACAUGUCAGAUUUAAGCAUUACUUUCGUAACAUACACAUACUCAACCUCUAAAUUGCCCUCUUCCGGAAUCACUCCUAUACUCUUGCCUAUGCAACCUUAUAAAUUUCAUUGGGAUCACAAUUAAAAGCCUUAUCUGUAUAUUUUACGUCGAAUCUAUCCUAUGCAUUAACUGACUAUACUCUAAACUUAUUUAUUACAAGAUUGCCAGUGUAGGUAGUGGCAAGAUUGAGAAAGCUCCGGAUUGAUAGGGAUACAACUACCUGAAAAAUACAAGGAGAACUUCGGCGUUUCAAGCGAAGAGUCAAAGACCCUUCGUUACUAACUUCCCAACAAAGAGCCUUCGCUCGAAACGUCGAAUUAGUGUUUUUCAGGUAGUUGCAUCCCUAUCCAUCCAAAGCUUUCUUAUUACAAGAUUUACCGUUGAUCAUGGAACUGAAACGUUUUCAAAUUGUGCAUCGUGUUAUUCGGUAAAAUUAUGAAACUGCUUUCAGGCUAAUGGUAACUAUGCGCUUGAAGCAAGUGAAUCCCCGUAGUGGCUCAACAACAACCAUUUCAAAAGUUUCAUACAAACUGGAGGAUACGAAUUAUUGAGCACGUCCCUUUUAGUUUUAAUUAUAAGCAAAUACUUUCAAACCCGUGAGAAAAGUAAGUAGGUGUAUUUCGUAGUUUCGUCCUACGUUUGGGCGUAGGUAGACAGCUAUAUCAGUAACCGUUGGAACUUUGAAUCAGUUUAAAAAUAACAAAAUUGUCCGUUGUAUAAAUAUUCAUAGUUUACUCCAUACUUCCCUGAGGUGAUGAUGGCAUUGUACUUAUGUUUGGAUUAUUGUGGGCGUAUCCAAAUAUAUACUUAGCUCAUGAUAUUUUCCGUGUUGGUGUAAUGUACUCAGGUGAAUAUAUAAGAUGCUUGUGAUGUUACUCUGAGUGUAUAUCCACACCGGUCAGGCUUGAAAAAUAUGCCUGGCGACGGUGGGAAUCGAACCCACGACCUUUGUAAUACUAGCCCAAUGCUCUGCCAACUGAGCUACGCGGUCAAGUCAUAUACUUAGCUGUUCAUCACACUUUUUGUGUAGAACAAGAUGCAAAUACAUUACCCCGAUGUAAAUAGCUGAGAGGAAUUAUUAACUAGGGUGCAGUGGUUCAAGAUUUUCAGUAGCUGUACCCCACUCACUGGUACUACAAUGAUUUUUGCGUACUUCAGCUGAUACAACCGUAAGACUCGAGGUGUACUUAGUCUUUAAAUUACAGUGCAUAAAUCACACUGUCAGUAUUCUAAAAGGGUAUUAGCAACCUGAAACUCAAUGAAUCAGAACAAGACCUAUACCACAAUUGAUGUUUGCACAUACAAGCACAUUGGUAGUUACGGUUUUGAUUAAAACCUUAGUAAGUUUCCUAGUCAUAUGGUAAAGCAAAAUGUAAGUACACAGGGAGUACUUGACUGCAAACAAAGAAGUACCGGACUAUAAUAUCGGCGUACGUCCAGCACGUAGUAGGUAGUAAGUCAUGCGAAUUAUCGUACCCUGCUAAAAUCGCACUGGCGCGCGCAGCUCGGGAAAAGAUACAAUAUUAAGGUAAAACUUACUACAUUUCCAGGACAGAGAUCGUUCUUAUGUGGGUGAUUUACUGGUCUCCAUGGAUUAUGAUCCCAUUGACUGGAAAUUGAAUAUCAAAAUCAUCAGAGCACGAGGAUUGCCUAAAAUGACCAGAGUUGGACACACAGGUUAGAACAUUUAUCUUAAUUAAUAUUAAUUAGCUAAUUAAUUAGCUUAAUUACUAGUUUAACAGGUAACAUCUUUAGUGGAUCAAUAACGAAUGACCGUUACUGGACGUCUAGAAUGAACUGUUAAGAACUGAUAGAGCUAUCCAGUAUGAAUAAAGUUAGUUUAGCUUAGGUUUUCUCCCGUAGUAACACUGGAUCAACAAGCGAUUCCCUUACUUGACCUCUAGGGAGAAUAGUUUAGAACUGAUAGAGCUAUCCAGUACUGAUAUAUUGGAUAACAACACUUACAACAGUUGUCUAAUACGUCUGAUUUUUUAGAUGCAUUUGUUAAAAUCAACGUAAUGCAAGACCUGACUAGAAUAUUUAAAAGAAAAACCAAAGUACAGCAUCAUGAAUGGAAUCCGGAAUUCGACGAAGGAUUCGAUUUCGAGUUGACACGUGACCAAAUGGAAACAACAAGUAUUACCAUGAAAGUUAUUCACCGAGGAAAACUAAGAGAUCAUCUGAUUGGCGUAGUCUUGGUCGGGUUUAAUGUUGACCCUGCAGAGACUGGUAACCAACACUGGGCUAUGAUGUUGGACAAACCCAACCUCUCGAUUGAACAAUGGCAUAAGAUAUAUCCAGUAUUGAAAUGAAGUAGACAACUCAAGGCAUGAUGAAAGGUUUUGCGGAUGGAGAUUUUGAGUGUGGAUUUUAUACAUUUAUUAGAGUUUAUCGAAGGGAAGAUGGCCAUGAAACUUGUUAAUAACAAUAUAAUUCAUUAUCUAUGUUAGGCAAAAUUUAUUCAUAAAUCUGGUCCUUCAGUCACGGAUAGGUAACUUUCCUACAAUACGCAUGUGACGGUGAAGGAUCAGGUUUGUGAAUAAACGUUGACUAACAUAGAUAAAGUACUGUUUAAUAAACGAGCAGGAGUGUUUUAUUAGGUUUAAAGCUACUGCACGUGACAUAUUGAUAUUAUGGUUGACAUGAUUUGCCAAAAAGGUUAUAAAUUAUUAAUGAGUGUUUGAAUGAGUUGUAUUGUUAUUCUAAUGAGUUUCAUUUUCCCUUCGAUGAGCUAUGAUUAGACCUAACCACUAACCACUAACCACUAACCAGUUGCAAAAAUAUAUGUAACUAUAUAUAGCCCCUCUGGCAGGAAUCGAAACUGCGGCCCUAUAUAGUUGAGGGUCUAUAGUUGCAUUUUUAGCAACUGCUCCUUAGGUCAAAUAAAUGUUUAAUAUGUGUACUCGAAAUUUCCUUCUACAAAUGCUCAAAAUCAUGAUACCGUAAACCUCCGACUAUAAGCCCUGGGCUUAUAUACAUUCGUAAGCGAUUUUUGAUAGGCUUAUACAAGGAGGGGCUUAUAUACGGGGGAGGGCUAAUACAUGGACGAUUUUUGCGUUAGUAAUAAACAAGCAGGGACGCCGGAACGAUGUGAAGGCAACGGGGGCAGAUUUUCGCGAAAGGGCACUUUUGAAUUGAUAUAUACUAAGAGAUGUUUGCAAAUCAUUGGGAGUUGAACUUUGCCUAAUCAUGUUUUCUAUUUAUCGGAUGAUCGGGGUGUGAGGGGGUUCUCUGCCAGGCGAUUGUGCUAUUCUUGAAGCUCGAUGACUGCAUUUCUUGCGUUUUCUGAAGCAACUGAUUCGUAAAAGAAUUGCACUAACAUUUCUGACAAUUCGCUAUUUCGCCAAGGCAAUCAUUUAAAUUGAAAGGGCACCUUGGCCCCCCCUUGCCCCUCCUGAUAAAGGGCAACGGGGGCGGCUGCCCCUCCUGCACCCCCCAGUUCCGACGUCCCUGUAAACAAGUUAGACAUAAACAAGUCUGUCAUAAACAGGAAACUAAAGAUGUUUUAAUAACGUGCUUUGAUUAACAUAGUAUAAGCUAAAGACAAUGACAAUGUUUUUAAAUAUCGUUCUCUGCUAUAUUAAAAGACAAUGUCAAUGUUCAAUAACGUAGUGGGCUACUGGGCUUAUAUUCAGGGGACUUAUAUUCGGGGUGCUUAUAUUCGGGGGGCUUAUAUUCGGGGGGGGCUUAUAGUCGGAGGUUUACGGUAUAUAACUCAAGUGUCGGUACGUCGAAGUGUCGGUACGAAUGAAGUAGAAACAGGCUAAGGAAUGAAGGAUAAUUUGAGUAAUGGCAUAAAAUAUAUCCAAUUAUUUUGAAACAAACGGUUUAGAAUAAGGAUAAUGAUUAACAAAGGCGUAAGCAAUAAUAUUCAAUUAUAAAUUGUUAAUAGAUAAGGAUAUAAUAAUGACGAUGAUGAUGAUGAUACAAUGAAUAUAACCAUUAUUUUGUGGGAAUACUUUUAUGAUAUAAAUAUUUCUAUAUAUAUGGAGUGACUGUUAGGUACACUGAGAAUAAACCUUUUAAAGGCGUGCUGGAUAUUUAUUUGCACAAUCACAUUAUUAUUUGUGAUUUCCAUAUACACAAUCAGAUCGAUCGCAUUGAUCUGACCGGAACUGAUUUGGAUCACUCAAGAGAAUGUCCACUUUGGCCAGAUUUUCGAAAAACUAGAUCCAGAUCUUUUUUAUUAGAAGACAGAAUUUCUUGAUUGGACCGAACUGACAGUGUCAAUGAAACAUGCACAAAAUGUUGGACUAGACAGUGAAAUAUUUGCAGAAUAUUCAUGAGAGAACUAUCUGCAUGAGAUAUAAACAGGAUGUUGUCAUUGUGGCCGUAUAAAAAACUUCAAAUAUUGUGAUCAAUAACAGUUAGAUGACUUUUAUACUUAUAAAGGAAGAAUAUUAUACUCAAGAUACAAUAAACAGUCCAACUAUAGUAAAGC